AUGAAGAGAGAUCCUGAUUCUUCAAAGAAUGGAGAUAAUGAAGCUGAUAACGGAAAAAGAAGCGAAUUUGAAGAUGUAACUCUGAGUUCUCUUGCGGAACAUAGCUUGAAAGGAGAACAGAAAUUUACCUAUAAUUGUUUUGUUCCAUUUCUUAACGGAUGUUCUCCUGCUUCUGAAGAACCUCUAGAAGAUGUAGGAAAACCUGAGAUAAAUGCUUCCACUUCUGCUGAAUCAAAUUCUACUGGAGAGCAUGUUUAUAAGACAUUAACACCAUUUUCUAAAAAAAGCUCUCGGCAACAAAAAGUUGUUUCUUCUCAUGCAAACCCAAAAGAAUUCCAAAGCCAGCAGGAAGGCUUAGCAUGCCUGAGUAAUAGUGUGACCAUCAAGCCUCUUUCUAAGGCAUCUGGUUCUAUAAAUAAGCAUGAAAGAUGUGCUUUCAAGUGCAGGUUUUGUGGUUCUGUGUAUGAACGCAAUGCAGACCUAAAGAAACACAUUUUUUCAGCUCAUAAAGAUAAGAAAAGACAUAAAUGCUGCUUUUGUAAAAGAGCUUUCUUCUCUGCUUUGAACCUUAAGAAUCACCUUAAAUUUCAUAAUAAAAUGACUGGGUUGAAAAAGGCAAGAAAAAGGAGAAUACAGCUGAAAAAGGUGAGGCAGAGAGCAUCUGAAGAAAGAUCUAGCUUCAAGAAAAGUAAAUACGAUCACCUUUUCAUCAGACUUGAAAGGGACUUUAUACCUGUGGGUGUGCCACUUAGUUUUUCCUGCAGAAUUUGUUUCUUUGCUUCAUCAGAUCCAAGGAGGUUUAUGUAUCACAUGAAGGGACAUAAAGAGAAACCACCUUACCAGUGCCCUCAGUGUGAUUACUCCGGCACUAAGUUAUCCUUCCUGUUAACUCACAUGCACUGGCAUGCUGGGUCUGCUCUGUACCAGUGCAGGUUCUGCACCUUUUUCACGAUCUAUCUUAAAAGCAUAGUGAGGCACAGCUACAUCCACACACGAGCUGAACCAUAUUGCUGUAAGCUCUGCCAGUCAGGGUUCACCACCAUUUCGGCUUUAAGGAAACACAGGAGGUUACAUAAACAGACAGAAAUGUGCCAACAGCAGCCCAUCGACUGCGUAGAUGGAAGAAAGAGAACUCCAAGACCUUUAAAUAAUUAUGCGUGUGGUGAAUGUGAUGUGGUGGUUUACGCUAGAGAACAUCUCAGCCCUCAUAAGACAUUUUGUGAACGGUCAAAGGGUAAGGGUUAUAUGAGUCAGAGCAAUAAGUAUCGUAAAAGCAAAGUAUGCAAACCUGACAGUGAUUCUCAGGGCCAUAUUUCUCUCUCUGUUUUUGGCAGAGCAAAUGAUUGUGUCAGUGAGGGUAUUGUGGCUUCAGAAGUAGACAUUGAGAGAGCAGGUGAUGUGCAGGAUAAUAAGAAAAUGUGCCCUCAGAAGAAGUUCCCUGAAAACUGCCAUGAAAGCAGCAGUCUGGCUAUUACUGGGAAUAGAUCAGAAGUUCCUCUGACUUCAUGCCAAAUAGACACUGGCAUUUGCAAGGAAGAACCACUCUUGAGCCCCAAAGCCUCUCAUUCACGAAUUCAAGAUGAUGGUGCAUGUCUCAAUGUCACGGAAAACUUGAAGGAUAUGUGUCCUUCCAAUGUAAUUGCAUUCAAAACAUACAACUGCCAGCACUGCAGUUAUGCUACCACUGUUCAGAACAACCUAAGGCUGCACCUGAAGGUACAUACGGAUGAAAGACCAUUUAUGUGUAACGAAUGUAAUGGGACAUUUAAAACAUCAAACCAGUUGCAGAAACACAGUCUCCUUCAUGUAAAGAAUGGACAUGAGUUUGGCCAAAACCUCCAUUUAGAGAGGUAUUUAGAGAAUCUUGAACUGCAUCAUGAAAUGCAUGGAGGUUUGUGUCCAGAAAGAGAUUUUGCUUCCUCAGAAGAUUUAAAGAGCUCCUUACUUGGUUCACAAGUCUGUGGAGUACAGCCAGGUGUUCAGAGGGGCAAAAACAGUAAUUUGCUAGCACAAAGUCAGAAACCAUUUUAUCAGUGUGCAGAGUGCGACUAUGCUACUUAUAUUUUAAGCAACCUCGAACUCCAUAUAAGAACUCACACAGGUGAGAAACCUUACAGCUGCUCUGUUUGUCAGAAGAAGUUCCGUACUUCCAGUCACCUGAAACGACAUGUGAGGAUUCACACGGGGGAGAGGCCAUUCAGGUGCAGUCAGUGCAUGAAGACUUUCCGCACCUCGAGUCACCUGAACCGCCACUUGCUGACUCACCUGAAGCUACGCUGCAGGAGGU